AUGGGCUCUUUAUCUCAAUCAUCUAGCCCUUGGACAGAGAUGCCCAAGUGCAUCCCAAAGGAAAACUCAACCUUGACUUAUUGCGUAUAUACUAGCGACGUAUUUGCCAACGGGCGAGGAAUUUCAUUUUUUACAACUCCCUCGGUCGCGGAAAGAGUCGCAGCCCUCCCUGCAUUCACCAGAAAGGACCUAUACGAUAAAGUCAAUAUCUUCGACGACCCUCCGUGGGAGAUAAAAGUCAUACCGGGGCGCGGAAGGGGGCUCUUUGCAACCCGUACUCUUUACCGUGGAGACCGAAUAGUGGCUGCAACUCCCGUUGGAGUUUAUCUUUCCGAUGCGUUGGUUCCUGAUUUCAAACUUGGCUAUAUAUACCUUCACACGGCAUUCAUCCAUCUCCCCAAGCCCACUCAACAAUUAUUUCUGAGUGCUAUGGCAGGCUCCGAAGGAGACCCAAUCAUGGAAAGAGUGAACACGAAUGCCUUCUCUGGAGACUUUGAAGGCGAACCACACUUUCUCAUGUACCCGGAGACAGCAAGAAUGAAUCAUGACUGCCGCCCAAAUGCAAUGUAUUAUUACGAUCCCAAAACCCUCAUCCACUCCACGAUUGCAGCUCGAACCAUCGAACCCGGCGAAGAGAUCACCAUCCCAUACGAUAACAUUCUAAGACAACGUUCCGAGCGUCAAAAGAGUCUGAGUAAUUACUGGGGAUUCCAAUGCACCUGUUCCCUUUGCUCCAGCAGCGCCACCGAAACGGCCAGAUCAGACACCCGCAUUGCAGAAAUCAUAGAACUGCAAACAGAACUGGCAAACUGGUCACCAUGGUCCACUGGCACGCCAACCAAGGCCGAAAUGUUAAUCUCACUCUAUGAGGAAGAACAUCUGCAUGCCGCGAAAGCUACUGGGCAUACAUUCGCGGCGUUGGCGUAUAAUGCGGUGGGAGAUAAGAUGAUGGCGGAAUGGCAUGCGGAGCUGGCGCUUGAGGCAGGGAUGGUUAAUAGUGGGCCGAAUGACGAUGAGAGAGCGAUGAAGCAGCUACUGAAUGACCCGGAGGGACAUUGGAGCUGGAUGGCUCGGAAACAGACGAGGGAGCUUUAG